AUGGGAUGGAAUUCGACAAUGCUUGUGAAAGAUCGGCUUGCAACUGAACCUGACGAAGACGAUGAGAGAAACGGAUACGUACCUGAUGCUCCCUUCACGCCGAUUGGAAUGAACAUCACUGAGUGCUUUAGCUACAUGUAUCUAGGCAAGAUGAACGACCUAGCGCCGGAGCAGAGCCGAAGGGAACGGACGGCGUGUGAGCAAGGACAGUGA